CGGUGCGCAUGCGCGCGGCGGACGUCCGGCCGGCCUGCCUGGCGCCUCCGCCUCCGCCGCUGGGUUUGUGUUCGUUCGCUUCAGCCUCUCUCGUCGGGAAUGUGUUCUGGACCGGAUUUCAAUUUGAGUCCCUUCGUCCCUCUGCGCUGCCAGGCCGGCUCGUUCAGCGGCACAUCGUAAUCAGGCGGCUUCCACUGGAGCCGGCUCGACAUAACACAACACAAGGAUGGCUACUGAGAAUGUCAGCUUGAUGUUUAAAUUGUACUGCUUGACAGUAAUGACAGUUGUAGCUGCCACAUACAUAAUAGCAUUGCGAUACACAAGAACACUUUUAACUGAGAUGUACUUUGCAACCACUGCUGUUUGCAUCACUGAAGUCUUAAAAUUAAUCUUGAGUUUAGGUAUGUUAGCAAGGGACGUGGGCAGUUUGAAUGGGAUGUUAACAGCUUUGCGUGACCACAUAUUAAGGAGUCCCAAAGAAAUGCUGAAGCUCAGUGUUCCAUCUCUAGUGUACGCUGUUCAAAAUAAUAUGGCCUUCGUGGCACUUAGUAACUUGGACGCAGCAGUGUAUCAGGUGACAUAUCAACUAAAGAUUCCCUGCACAGCAUUCUGUACAGUCUUUAUGCUGAAUCGUUCUCUUAGCAAACUGCAAUGGGUUUCUGUAUUUAUGCUUUGUGCAGGGGUAACAUUGGUCCAGUGGAAGCCUAUGGAAACUACAAAGGUGCAGGUUGUACAGAAUCCAGUUUUGGGAUUUGUUGCCAUAGCAAUUGCAGUAUUGUGUUCUGGAUUUGCUGGAGUUUAUUUUGAGAAGGUUUUGAAAGCCUCUGACACCUCGCUGUGGAUCCGUAACAUACAGAUGUAUAUCUCUGGCAUUGUAGUCACUGCUUGUGGAGUUUACUUGAAUGAUGGUGCCCAAGUGCUGGAGAAGGGCUUUUUCUUUGGAUACACCCACUGGGUUUGGAUUGUUAUAUUAUUAGCCAGUCUCGGAGGAUUGUAUACUUCUGUUGUUGUGAAAUACACUGAUAACAUCAUGAAGGGAUUUUCAGCAGCAGCAGCAAUUGUAAUUUCUACAGCAGCAUCUGUGUUGCUGUUUGGUUUGCAGUUAACUCUCAACUUUAUAGCUGGAACCAUUCUUGUCUGUAUUUCUAUAUACUACUAUGGCUUGCCGAAGCAAGAUACCUCAGUGUCGGUUGAAGCAGAGAAGUCCAAACAGCAGCUAAUGAAUGUGUGACCACUGAACACCUCAUUCAGCCAAGGGCAAGGAAGACCAGACUCCUCAACUAGGCAGAUGGGAGAAACUGCCAUUUAUAUAAAAUAACUUCCCCAUGACUCAUUGAUACAUUUUUACUGUACAUCCUGGCUAUCUCUAUGAAGAUAUUAUUUUGGUUGAGUGUGCCAAUAUAGGAACAUGCAUAAUCUAUGAAACUAAAUGUGUGCAAUUUAAAAACAAAGAUUUUUGCUAUAUUUGACGACAUUUUUAGCAGCAUUUUAAGUUUUAUAAUGUGCUCUUACGAUCCAUUUCAUAUUUUUUAGACUCUCAUUUUUGGCAUCUGCAGUGGUAUCCAUGAUACGUACAUUUUGAGCUGCUUCGCUUUGCAUUUGACAGCAGAUCAAACUGCUUGUUGAAUCAACAAAUUGAUUUUGGUUUUAAAGUUGUUCAAAGCCAACUAUUGAAAUAUAAAUGUUUCAUUUCCCACAAAACAAAUAUUUAAAUAACAUUCCAACCGAAAGUUAUUCAUACACACUAAGUCAACACUGCUGCUAGAUCAGAGGAUUACUGAGAGAAUGACAACCUCUGGUCAUGUUAACACUGUGGUAACUUGUAAAUUUUCAUAGGUACAGUAAGUAAAACAUGGGUCACUAACAGCCCAGAAAAUAAUAACAAUACACAUUGAUCUUUGGCUUUUGGUGAUACUUGGAACUGUAACUUCUUUUGUGGCUGUGAAAGAUCAGAUUAUCAUCAACAAAGCCUCAUUUAUCCUGUCAAUCCUGUUCCACCUUUAUAUUGGAUUACAUUUUGUUGGGUCUCACCUUGGAAGUUGCCUUUAGGAAAAUUUGAAGUAAACCCAAGUAAGUCUCCAUUUUCAUGUACUUCAGAUUCUAGUUGAUUACAGGUAAGUUAUUCUACUGUGGCCAGCUGGUGGCGUAGUGACCUCGGGGCGAGAGGUCCCGAGUUUGAAUCCAGCCAGCUCCUGUUAAGAGCUGGUGACCUCUUUUUUAAAAAAAACACUCACCCGGCAGAAGGCAGUGGCAAACCACUGCUUUAAUUUGCGAUUUCUCAAUACGUCAUUGGGAAGGAAAUCAUUCGCAACCUGGAAAUAAUUCAGGAUACGACAUACCUACCUACUAUUCUACUGUACAUGCAGGAGCCUUGAAUCAAUAGAAUUUUUAGUUUAAAUAAUCAACCCAUUUAUCCUGUGUAAAUAAUGCAAUUAUGGGAAAUAGGAAGUGAAUUCUAAUGAAGUUAAAGGGUAAAUGAUUUAUUUUAAAAAACCCGCCCUUUUAAAGAAAAACAUUGAAUUAGGGUUUUAGGUGAAAUAGUGCUUUCAAGUUUAAGAAAUCAUGUUGCUGCAAAAUGUGCUACUUUUGUGUUUCACUCAAGAAUCACAUAGGGGUGUAAUUUGUAACUGAGUCAUUUCUCAAUGAGAAUGUAUAUGUUCUGUUUUUAUUGGUAGAUUCCUGCAAAGAAGAAAUUGUUUUUGAUUGACAUGUACAGAAAGAACUCGAUUGGGAAAACAAAUGAUUAUCUUGUAUGAUGUAGAGAAAUGGUCAAAUGUCAUUUUAACCAUGGUUUCCACUUCAAGAUUUAAAACCAGUUAUGAGAGUUCAAGCAUGCUUUCUGUGAGCUUGCUAUGUACAAUAGUGCCAUGUAACAGUUGCACUAAAUGAGCAGUUCUGCUUAUGUAUGAUCAAACUGCUUUUUAAGUUGGGACUAACAAGUUUAAGUAUAGGGUUGUGCCUUCAAAACAAGAAAAGGAUAAUGUCAGGGUAAAACAGUUACCUUUGUAUUGCCCUGUAAUUAUGUAUAGUUGGAAGUCCUCUCCUUCAGAAGAGUUUGCAAUUAAUGGUGUUUUCCUGAGUGGUGAAUCUGAAGGGUGAUUGCAAAUUUGUCUCCAUCACUCGCUCCUCUAGAGAAAUGCAUUUUUGCAAGUACUUCUACUGACUUCACAUUUAUAUUGUUCUUUAUAUGGAGUUUGGCAUCAUGAACGUUAAAAACAGAAUUUUCCUUGUGAUGAGGCUAAAUGCUUGCUCUCCAUUUAAAUCCUCAUCAUAGAUUAUUAUUGAGAAUAGAAAUUUGACCAGAAUCACAAGCACCCUGCCCCAGUAGUGCAUUCCUACCAUUUUGUUGAUCAGCUAAUUAAAACAAGGAAUAUAUCCAAAUUUACAAUACGUACUUAAUGUUGAAGGAAAAUCUUAAUAUUUUAAGUCUGAAGGGUAAAAUAUUUGAUUGUUAUACUUGAGAGUCACCAAGUCAACAUCUUCUGGAUUAGACUAUGGAAACAACUAUUUUAUUUCCUUUGUCUGAACACAUGGUUAAAUUCAUACCAUUUUUAAUGUGGCACGAAUUGACUUGUGAUUGUACACCUCCAUUUAAAGUAAUCACUGUUACUGUGUGUUAUAUAAUCCGAAGGCUUUCUCAUGCGCUUCAGAUUACUUUGGUAAUGCAGCCUUGUUCUCUGCAUCCUCUGACUAAAAUGAUCUAUUUGCCAUUUGCAUUCCUUUCUUCAACUGCUUAUAUUCAAUUUAAAUUUUAUUUCCUAAUUUCCUCUUAGAUUUGCCCUUCCAUGAUCUAAUUAAUGUAAUCAAUAGUAAUAGCACAUGAAGGUACAGUUAACAAUGAAGUAUGUGUGUGUGUUUCGACCAAUGUUCCUCACUUAGGAAGUUCCAAAUUUCCCUUCCUUCCACCUCCCCUCUAAUCACCACCAGUAAACUAUGAAAUGUUUAAUUAAUAGAAUCUACAUUUAGUGGACACUUUAUUAGUUACAAAAGUGGAAUUUGGUAUUGACUUCUGCUGUAGUCCAUCCACUUAAAGGUCUGAUGUCUCUGUUACAUGUGCUUAUUUGAGUUACUGUCGUUUUCCUGUCGGCUUGAAUCAGUCUGGCAGUUCUCCUCUGCCCUCUAAUUAAUAAGGCUUUUUUUUUUGUUUUUCACACCAUUCUCUGUAAAU